AUGAAGAGUCCCGGAUGCGCUUCUGUGGUGGAGGCCUAUGCUCCAACCACCACCCUGGGCUUGGCCACGGGCUUGUCCUUCUCGCCACAAGUUCAGGUCCCAGCAGUCCCAGCACUCCCCACGGCGGGGUUGCUACAAGCUUUGGCACCGAAAAGAGGAAUGCCACCCCCGGCCAGAGGGCCUGCGCCGCUGGGAGUUCCCAAACAGCAGCUGGAGGCAAUGGCCAAGCGGUUGGCCAUGGAGGCGCAGGUGUCUGCGGGCAGUACGCCUGCGAACAAGAAGGGCCGUCCUCCGAUCCGCCCGUGUCCGGCAGCGCCAGCUCCGGCUUCGCCGAGCGGGCCCAGCGCCGUGGCAACCGCCUCCCCGAGCGUUUCCGGGAGUUUGAGCCACGCCACCACGCCUUCUUGGCGGUCCAGGAGCCAGGCCACGCCAUCUGCAGCCAGUCAAGGGACAUCGGAGAUGGCUUGCAAGCCUGCGAUGAUGGCAGAUUCCAUCAGGCCACGGCUGUCGCCGUUGCUCGAAGCUCGCUGGACCGUUGUUGAGGAGCAGCGUUACCGGAGAGUCCCACAGAGCGAGCUGGAUCGGCUGGAUCGGAUUGAUCCUGAGGUCGACCAGGCUAAUGCCAUGCUGGUGGAGUCGUUCCUCAACGUCAAGCGCUCCCUGGGAGCGGAGGCUCUGUCCGAGUCGCACGGAGAGCCCUCACGGUCCAGUGCCUCACGUCUUCCUGCGCCUCCGCUCGGCAAUGACAGUGGGCUUCAGAACGCAGGCUACCAGGUUCUGUGCAGCCUGCCUCCAGCUCCUCCACUGCGCGAUCCGCUUGAGAGCGCUUACUCAUGUAGCACGGGUGCCGACAGAAGCGGGUUUUGA